AUGCAGCUUCCAAAGAUACCGCUACUAUGCAGCAGCAACAUCAACAGCAGCAGCAACAUCAACAGCAGCAGCAACAACAGCAGCAACAACAGCAUGAAUUUGCCUUGGCGUCCGGCCCUCCCCCCCGUCGUCGCCCACGCCCUCGCCCUCGCCCUCGCCCUCCCCCGCCGCGUCCUCCGCCGCCAGCUCCGACGAGACCGCCGUGCCGUGGCGGCGGCAACCCUCCGCCACGAGGAGGCGAAGGAGGCUUUUUGCGUCUUCCGACGCCUCGCCCAGAGUGGCAAGGGUGGCUCCGUUGUGCCCUCUCCCGGGGGCCGCCUCAGGCUCGCCAUCCGCGGCCUGGGGGCCGCCCGGAGGCGUCUUGAGGAGACGCGGCGUCUCCUUCGGGAGUUGUAG